AGUAUCAGAUUCGAACGUCACUGCAAUACUGACGUGGUCUCUUACUUCAAUUAGUCUCAAAUUCAGAAAUGGGUUCAAUUUUAUGGAUUCCAGUAGUGCUAUCUCUGGCAACAGCCUACUUGUACUUUCUAUCUAUGAGCGCGCCUUCAUUAAAAGAACAAGAUUCGAAUGUUCUAAAAUUUCCAUCUAGUCUUGAAGAUUUAACGAAAGUUGCGAAAUUACUGAACAAGUACAAAAGUGAAAACUUUUUGUUUGUUUUUAUCUUAUUUUGCAGUGCUUAUUUAUAUAAACAAACUUUUGCUAUUCCUGGAUCGGUUUUUAUGAAUUUAUUGGGUGGCGCUAUCUUUGGUAGAUUCUAUGGAUUUAUUUUAGCUUGCUUCUUAAGUGCUACUGGAGCUACUUGCUGUUUCAUGUUGUCAAAAUUUUUUGCAAAACAUUACGUUUUGAAAUAUUUUCCUGAAAAAGUCAAUUUAAUUCGCAAAAAGAUUGAGGAAAAUAAUGAUGGUUUGAUGCCAUACAACUUCAUUUGUGUUGAAACAGGAACAACUCUCUCAUCACUCACUAGCUUAGAUGAUCUUUUAUCUGCCAAAACUUUAUUGAGUAUGGGAACUGCAGCUAUUGUUGCUCUAGUUCCUGGCUAUUUGAUUAAAAGAAGACAACAGAAGAGAGAACUUUCUAAAAUGUCAUAG